CCCAUCCCGCCGCUGACAUCCUGCACGCACGCUCAUACACUAUGCCGUCCCGUCCCCCGACUUACCAGUCCAUUGAGAAUUGCAGCCCACGCCCACCGCUGCCUCUCGAACAUCUCAAUCCCUACAUUAGAUCACUCAAUCCCCUAAAUGUCCCAUCCGUAAAGUUUCAAGAGAUAGUCAGAGAUGAUCAGAGGACGAUCGUUGCACGCAUGAAGGUUCAAACACCCCAAGGCCAUGCCUUCAUUCUCCGUCGCCUCGACACCGGUGCCGUAUCCCUUACCACCAUGUUCCGCGCAGCGUUCCCCACCGCCAGCGACGAAGCCGAAAAGGCAGAGGCGGCGUGGGCCAAAGCCAACUUCGAGACUGCAGGGACCAACCGCUCCGGAAAGGCUCGCUUCGCCGGAACCUGGGUCAGCCCUGUGGUCUCCCUCACCAUCGGAGAGGCGUACGGCCUGACUCCCAUCCUCGAACCGCUCACAGACGCCAUGCCCGACCCGGCCGUAGAGUACCGGAAGUCUUCAAGGGCUCAAGGAAACAUUAGCAUGACCAAUCCCGAAGGUACUCCCAAGGGCGUCAAACAACAGUUGCCGACCCCCGCGCCUUCGUUUGGGCCCGGACCCACUCCCGCGAAGAGGGUGCGAAGAGAGGCUUCUCCUGCUGCUACGCCCGCGCAGCGCAACACGACCGCUUCUUCAGUGGCCUCGCCCCGUCGCUCAGGUCGUACCGCCAGCCCCGCUCAGCCGCCCCUCCCUAAGACACUUGUCGCGAAGCCGGCCAAAUCGCCUCUCAAGGCGACUCGCAGCACUGCCAUCGACCCGACCACCUCAGGCGGUUCAGACGAGACCGCGGUGGACGAAGACGUUCCGGAUGUUCCCGGCCCGGAUCCCGAACAGGACAUCGCGGAGCAGCGCGAGCUCAUCGCCAAUCUGAAGAAACAAAGGGACGAGCAACAAAGGCUGCAGGUGACGGAGAAUCAGGACGAGGCGCCGUCGGCUGAGGCGAGUGGUGCCACUAAGAGAGGCAGGGACGAGGUGGAGGCGCCGUUGAAGUUCGACUUCAAGGAGCCGGAGACGGAAGAAAGGGCGAUCGCGUCGAACAGGAGGGUUUCGAGGUUCAUUGAGAUGACCCCAGAGAGGAGAUCGGCUGUUUGGGGCACAGCGGCUUUCGCUACGGUCUUUGGCCUCUUAGCCUUUGUCCCGAACCCCUGGUUCUAAGGCCUGCCAACUACUGUUCAGUCGCACCAUGUCUAUCCUAAACGCCGUCCUCAUAUCGCUGUCCUUGUUUGCUGUCAGCUGCUGCACCAUCUCUAUCUGGGUUCUGCGUUUAUCGCCUUUUCUCCGUCUCCGCCGAUAUCUUGUGUCCCGUGUCCGGCCCGUCUAGUUUUGUCUUGGUGAUUCUAUACUGCUCACCGCACGGAACGAAUACAGCGUCACCUGAUCCACACGCUGUAUCGUUCCCUGCCACCUGGAGCUAUAUUAUCAGCCACUGCUACCUUUUCAGCGUCCUUGUCGAAUUUCCUUCGUCUGUGUCUGUAUGUUAUUGUCGGAUUGAGCACCCUUACCUUCUUCUUUCUACGUCUAACGACUAUACUCCUUCUUUCUUCUGACGACUUUACCACAUACAUGCCUAUUCACCUUCUAUCUAUCCAGCUAUUUGAACCCUUACCCUUUAAACUAUGUACAUCCACCGUCCUCCCCGCACCGAGCUAUCCGGCACAUUCUGCUCCUCCCACAGAUUGUGGCGGUGCGCCCUGCGGGCGAAUCUCCCCUUCCGUUUCUAAGCCCUUUGGUCUCGUUUAUGUUUUUCUUUUCUUUUUGACGUUUUAUUGUCCUAUGCCCUUUCUUCGAUGAUAUGUUUUUAAUGAUGUCGUUUUGCCGUUCUCCCUUUUGACUGUUUACGUUUUGUGCUUUCGUCUUGUUUCUUGUCAUUGUAUCUAAGCG